GUAUAAAGAGUAACACUACACGUUAAAUGCAUUUUGUUUACUUAACAGAAGACCUUAUUGUCACAUUUGAAGCCUUUGUGAUUUCUUUGUGAGUCUUCUUUCUGAUUUGUUGGUAAGUUCUCUAAAGCUCCCAACAUGACCAUGAUGGGCAGCGAUUUUAUUCUCACUUGACAAGAGGAUUUUGCGGUGUGGCAUUUGAAGAGGGAUUUUCUAUCUCAUCAAACUGUGUAUAAACCCGGAAAGCCCCGCUGUGUGACUUUAGUUGAGCAGUGUUUAGUUCAGGUCCGGCUAUUCUAUAUUUUACUGGGUCUUCUUAAGAUUCCGUGAGCGUCUCCCUGAUUUGUACGACAUGGAUCAGUGGAAAGCUCCUGUUGGCACGUUACGCGACGACGUCUUGAAGAGACUCUCAAAGAUGUUGGACAACUCCACGUGCGGAUGGAGACAGCUCGCCCACGUGAUGUCAGAAGACCCCAAAUUCUGCAGCAGUGAGAGCGAGAUUACCAACUAUUCACUUCAGGUGCUGAGAAACACUGGGAGCCCAAGUCGGACCCUUCUUGCCCGGCUUGCUGACCAGUCCUGCACCUUGAAUUUCCUGCUUUGGGGACUGAAGAAAAUUGACCAUCAAGAGGCUGUACAGUAUCUCACACACAUAGUAUCUGGAUGGAUUCAGAUAACACUGCAGCCGCACUCACAACAGGCUCAAGCAGGAAGCAAAGUGAUAUUGUCCUGCAAAGCUUCUGGUCCCCCUGGGCUCUGUUACCAGUGGUUCAAAGGCAAAGAAGAGAUUUUGGACGGUACUUCUCCAGAGCUGGUUCUUUGCCCCUUCACUUCUACCAACCAGGGACACUAUAUCUGCAGGGUCAAUCAUGGAGAUAGCUGCAUUUUCUCACAGUGGGCUCAUGUUCGUUUGGCAGGCUUCAGUCCAGCGUGCCCCAGUAACAUUUUUGAGAGCUCAUUGAGUGGGUUGAGAAUCAUCAGACAGCCUCAGUCCAAAGCUUUGACAGAGGGUGAUGCUUUGCUCCUUGAAUGCCAAGCCGUGGCCAACCCUCCUGCCCAGUACGAGUGGUACCAUAACUCUGAACCAAUACCACAAAAUCAAACACAUUCACUCAAGAUUCCAUGUGUGACCACAGCUCAGAGAGGACAAUAUAAAUGUAAGGCAUAUAACUUGUACCAUGAAGUUUGGAGUGAGGCUGCAGUUGUGACCAUUGGUCCUAUUUCCAUCACUGAUGCAUCUUGGGUAGAAGUUGACACGCGAAGCCCUGGUGUUGUUGAGACACAGGAACCUGAUAACAGAUCCAGAGAGUUGGAAAUGUUUCCAGCUCAACAAAUGACCCGUCCGUACCCAUCUGUUAAACAAUUCUAUGCCACAGACAAAGUUGCUCUGUUGAUUGGGAACAUGAACUACAUGUACAUCAGGCAGCUUUGUGCUCCUAUUGCCGACGUCCACGAGAUGACCAACCUCCUUCGUCAAAUGGACUUCAAGGUGGUCUCACUGCUGGACCUCAACUGUCAGGAGAUGCACAGCGCUGUCACUGAGUUCCUCUUGUUGCUUGAUAAAGGAGUCUAUGGUCUGCUGUACUUUGCCGGUCACGGAUAUGAAAACUAUGGAAACAGUUUCAUGGUACCCAUUGAUGCCCCAGCCUCAUUCACGUCAGAGCACUGUCUGUGUGUUCAGAAAAUCCUCACCAUGAUGCAGGAGCGAGAGACAGGACUCAAUGUAUUUCUGUUGGAUAUGUGUCGUAAAAGAAAUCCAAAUGAUGAUGUCCUGGUACAAACUGGGUUACUCAAAGUGACAGCAAAUAUAGUGUUUGGAUACGCAACAUGUGCAGAUGCUAAAGCAUAUGAAGUGAAAAAUGAAGAUGUUUCUAAUGGUAUAUUCAUAAACUUCCUCAAACGAAGAGUGUUUGAAGAUGAGAAGGUGACGGUCAUUCUAGACAAAGUAGCUGAAGACAUGGGCCGGUGCCGAAUCACACACGGAAGACAAGCUCUGGAACUCCGGAGUAAUCUGUCUGAACGUCGCUGCCUCACAGACCCCAUACAGACAGAACAGUGUUCUGCCUCCUACUCAGCCCGCAACCUGCAGUGGACACUUGCUCAUGUUCUGCCUCAAAGCCAAACGCUGCAGUUUGACUGUGGCGUCACAGUUCAACUUGGGUUUGCUGCAGAGUUCUCCAAUGUCAUGGUCAUCUACACUCGGAUCCUUGAAAAACCUGAAAAUAUUACGUAUUGCUGUGCUCAGCUUACUGAUUUUCCUGUGGAUGUGGAGAUUGAUUUGAAGAAGAGCAACCAGGAGACACUGCUUGAAGCUGGCAGUUUGCUAUUGAUCGAUGAAACUCUUCCCUCAGAGGCCCACAGUCGCUACACACGUGUCUGUGGGCUACAGAGACUCAAGAAGGAGCUUGUUUUCACAGUGUGUCUUCAUUACACCUAUUCUAACCUUGAUGAUGAAAUCCAGGAAAAGCAGUCUGUAACAGCAGGCAAACCUCUAGUCUCCAAACUGAACCUCUAUGAACCAAGAGCUCAGAACUCUAAAAAUUCAUAUUCUUGUCUUGACUCUUCUAAUGUCCCAGAGGGUUCUCAGCACGCUUCUUAUGGCCUAACCUUAGAUGCCACUGACUCAUCCUCCCAGAUAGGACAGACAGUUUCUGGUGCAAAUAUACCAGAGGAGACUGACUGUGAUGAAUUGUGUGAUACCCCGCAACCCUUAGUUUCAGAGUAGACUUUGAUUAACACACAAAACACACACACACCAAAAAUUUAACAAAUGUCCCAAAUAAUUCUGUUUUGCUACGUAAAUCAUUAUGAAUUAUAGCAUCUGUUGUAACAUUUUGUACUAUAAUUGUUUCGACUGGAAAAAAAUAAAAGGUACAAAAUCUGCUGUG